AUGACCAAACCAUUCGUUCUUCGCUGGGGCAUUAUCUCGACUGGCAGGAUAGCCAAUUGCUUCGUAACAGAUCUUCUUGUCGAUCCCGAAACCCGUGAUGUCACUGAUGUGGCACACAAAGUGACUGCUGUUGGGUCGCGAAGCGUCCAGUCAGCGGAAAAGUUCAUCACUGAAUAUGCCAAGGGUGAUAAGUCGAUUAAAGCAUAUGGAAGCUAUGCUGGUGUCUUUGCAGAUCCGAAUGUCGAUGCAGUUUACAUUGCCACACCUCAUACUCUUCACUAUGAAAACGCGCUCGACGCGAUCAAGGCAAAGAAACACGUUCUCUGCGAAAAACCCGUGACAACAAAUGCAGCCGAACUUCGGUCGCUUCUUGCAGCUGCAAAAGAGCAUGGAGUUUUCUUUAUGGAAGCCCUUUGGACACGCUUCCAGCCUCUUACGCUCGAGGUGAAGAAAAUUUCGGAAAGCGGUGUAUUGGGUGCACCAUUAGCUCUCCAAGCCGACUUGUCAGAAGACUUUAAACUUGACAAAAUUCCCAAGACUCACCGUAUCUUGGAUCCUGCCCUUGGUGGUGGCGCGCUGCUAGAUUUGGGACCAUAUCCUCUUAUUUGGGCCAUUCUCGCCUUGUACGAGCACCCUUAUAACCAAGGAGCUGCUCCCAGCAACGUCAGUGGAACAAUGUUAAAAACCCCUCUGACAGGGGUCGACUGCAACACCUCCUUCACGGUCACAUUCGCCAAAGGAAAACUAUCUGCACAAGCCAUCCUGUCAUGCAACCUUAACGUGGCUUCCCAUCAUACCGGUGUCGUAAUUCGGUAUGAGAAGGGUAUGAUCACGAUUGCAUCGCCGAUAUACUGCCCGAAGAGUUUCACUGUGCAGUACCUCGAAGGCAACAAGGUGACAAGGGAAGAGACGAGGCGAUUUGAGUAUGUUGGCAAUGGAUGGCAUUUUCAAGCAGACGAAGUUGCGCGGUGUGUGCGCGACAGAAAGAGUGAGAGUUCACUCUGGGGACAUGAUAAAAGCCUGGUAGAGAUGGAUAUCUUUGACGAGGUCAGACGCCAGGGAAAUUACAAGUUCCCCCCUGGUGUGGAGAAGGUGGUGUAA